GGUCAUCUGUUACUGCUUUGUCCUCUAUAUAUAAACCAUCUUAGAUGCUUCACCAUCACACACAACACUUAACACUUUUAAUCACAAAUCACCCACUGGUCUCUCUCAUACCUAUCUAACAAAAUGGGUUCUUCUUCUACACCUCAAGAAGAGCCUCAACUAGUAGAUUCAUCUGCCAUAGUUCCUUCUCCGUUAGCUCAGGAACCGGACAACGAUGUACCGGCGCCGGGAAACCAGUUUGCUGAGUUCGCCGCCGGUUGUUUCUGGGGGGUGGAGCUUGCUUUCCAGAGGAUCCCUGGUGUGACAGAGACUGAGGUUGGGUACACUCAGGGGAUCUCUCACAAUCCUUCUUACAAGGAUGUCUGCACCAACACAACGAACCAUGCAGAGGUUGUAAGGGUUCAAUAUGAUACCAAUGAGUGCACCUAUGAGACUCUACUUGAUUUGUUCUGGUCUAGGCAUGAUCCCACCACCUUGAAUCGCCAGGGAAAACUUGUGGGAGCUCAGUACAGAUCAGGUAUAUACUUCUACACACCAGAGCAAGAGAAGCUAGCACGUGAAUCUCUGGAGACUCAGCAGAAGAAGCUAGAGAAGAAGAUUGUGACUGAGAUAUUACCGGCCAAGAAAUUCUACAAAGCUGAGGAAUACCAUCAGCAUUACCUCUCUAAAGGUGGGACGAGUGGCCAUGCACAGUCCCCUGCAAAGAGCUGCAAAGACCCUAUCAGCUGCUUUGGCUAAGGAAAAGCCUUUGUUCCUCUUCACCCAAAACAGAGGAUUCUCUGAGGUUCUGUAUCUGUUUGUGUGUGUGUGUGUGUUGAUUUUUAAGUCUCAGUUAGUAAUAAAGAUGCAUGUGGGAUCAUCUCAACUGUGUAAGUGUAACUUGUCUUAGUUUCUAAACUCUGAACUGAUGUUUGUUUGAAUAAUUAGUAAGUACCAUCGUUAUAACCU